AUGGGGAGUGCUGUUCAAAGGACAUCAAAUCUCAAUCAGACAGUGGGCAGGAUAGAGGUGACCUUGGAGCAGCACUUGGAGGACACAAUCAAGAAUCUAUCCAUUGUUGGAGUCCUGUGCAUGGAUUCACAAGGACCUAAUCUGGGCUGCUGUGGGACCCCAUCAAGUGAAGCACGCUGGGGGGAUUUCUGCCUAGCCCAGCAAGCUGCUAAGCUAACCUCAGACCCCACUUAUUUUCCUGUGGUGUCUGUAGAAUCAGCUAACGGGAACAUUAGGAUCCAGAAAUAUGAUGGCAUCACUGUGGCAGUGCAGAAAAUGGCCUCUUGA